AUGAGAUCGGUCAGCGGUGCUAUGAUCGGUAUCAUGUGUACAUGUAGCGGGUGCAGGACGCCGGAGGAAUGGGGCAAAGAAUCCGUGGGUGUGGAUUCUGUGGAGGGUGUGUCAGUGUCUCCGAGCUCGCUGUCGUUCGGUCGGGCUCCGCUGGCGGCCCCACACGUGAAGCUCGUCACAGUCACCAAUACUGCAAACUCCACCCUACACUUGGCCUCGGUAGCUGGCACCACUCCGGACUUCCAUGCUUCCUUCUUCGAGUCUAAGUAUUUAGACAAAAAAAAAAAUAUAUCAGAAGGAAUUAAAUUGUCAAAUAUUCCUCAGAAAAUAGAUACAGACGCUCUACUUCUCGGAAGCUCCGAGAAGUUCCAAGAAGAGAAGAGAAGAUCAACGGACGCUAGAAGAGAAGGAAAGAGCGACGCGGGCGCGGGAAAAGUUCGUAUUUUGACUUGGUGUGGAGGGAGUCAAGCUCGAACUUUUCCUGCGUCGCUGCGUGCUCGCGAUCGACGGACACGAGCACCCCGGAGACACGGACACUUGGAGUCACCUGCUGUAAUAUAUACUUGUUGUGUUCGAUUGUGUUGGAUGGAAUUGUACGAGGGCUUCGGUCCUCAGACGCUGCCGCCGCAAGCCAACACGACCUUCAGCGUGGUGUACCUCGGGCGGCGCGAGGGACCCGUCUCCGCGCACCUCUAUAUACACACGUCGCUCGGCGUCCACAAGCUCCCCGUGUCGGCCGUGGGCGUGGCGAGCGAGUACGACGUGUGGCCGCUGGUCGGACUGCGCGUGCCGGCGAACGCCAGCGUGGAGGCCGAGCUGAGGUUCCACAACCCCACGGACGCGCCGGUGCAAGUGAGCGAGGUGUACUCGACCGGCUCGUGGCUGGGCCUGCGCCUGCCGGGCGGCGGGGAGCGCGCGCCGCGGGAUCUGUGGACCGUGCCGCCGCGAGCCACCCGCGCGCUCGUCACUAUCCGCCUGGCGCACGGCGCGCACCGCGCACUGGCCGACCACAACCGACCGCUCACGGCCUACAUCCGGUACCGUCCUCGUCUAUUUGAUUCUCUUCCGAGCUCCUUCCUCGUCUCUGACUGUUGUCUGUUUAUGUGCAGGGUGCGCGCGGACAUCCCCGGCGGCGGGCUGGUGGUGGCGGUGGAGGCUCGUGGAGCUCCGGCCGGUGAGCACGCGCGGCCGGUACACGUGCGUCUGCGGCCGAGGGGCUCCGGGGACGCUGACUACACGGUGGAGCUCGAGGCGGCCAACAGUGACGAGGCGGGCGUGUCUCUGGAGGGAGCCGUGAGCGCGCGUUGUUCGCGGACCGCGCCGCCGGCCUGCGCCCCGCCGCCGCGAGCCCUGCAUGACACUACUAAAGCCAACGGCGGCACAUCACCGGGCGCCGUCCUCACCAUGCUACGGACUCAUCUCGACGCGCACCAGGAGUUCGUCCGUGUAGCGCGGCUCAAGCUGGACUACGCCCAGCUGUGGUCGCAGGUGGCCAUUGACCCGCCCGAGGAGGCGUGGUGCUCCGGCUGUGUACGUCUGGGUCGAGCGAGCGUGCCCUUCAGCGUGCAGCUACUGCCCGGCACACUCACCUUCCAGCCUGAACAUAUAGACGUUAUCACAGCGGAGGAGGACAUGAUGCGCGAGCGGGAGGUGCGCGUACAUAACACCUUCAGGCGGGAGGUGCGCGUGCUGGCCGUCACCGUCACCGAGGACGUCAAGCGGUACUUCCAUGUGGUGGAUCACACUCCUCUCCGCCUGUCCGCGGGCUCGUCCGGCAGCCUGCUGCGUGUGUCUGCGCGGGAUCCCGCCCCGUCCUCCUCCGCCACGCUGGCCGCCGACCUCAUCGUCCACACGGACCUCGCUGACUACACGCUUCCGCUCUUCAUGUACAGCGGAAGACUGCUGCUCGAGUGGGAGUGGGCCAACGUGACGUCCUCGCACGUGGAGCUCGGCACGGUGGGCGCGUCGUGGACGCGGCGGGUGGGCGUGCGCGUGGUGAACCCGGCGCCCGCCUCGUCCCUGUGCGUGAGUCGCCUGUCGGCCGUGCUGUCCGGGGCCGCGGCGUCUCUGUCGCUGGCCGAGCCGCGGCGGCGCUGCGUGCCGGCGGGCGGCUGGGCGCGCGCCUGGCUCACGGUGGUGGCGCCGGCCGCCGAGGGCGUGCUGCGCGGGGAGGCCACAUUAGACACUCCUCACGCCACCACUCGCUCGACCCUGUCCCUGCGCGUUCGCGCCGGCUCGCUGCGCGUGUGUCCCCCGUCCGUGCCCCCCGCGGCGCCCUACGCCAGCUCGUGGUCCACUAUAGAGGUUGAGAGCAGCAUGUCAGUGGUGAUGCGCGUGACGUCAGUGGACCAGCCCGCGCCGCCGGACCCCGCGCUGUCGUUCACCUGGUCGGGUGCUGGUCUGGGCGAGGUGUCCCCCGGUCGCCGGUCCGUGGCUCGCCUGCGCGUAUCUCCAGAGGAACACUGCCGCCCCGACUGCUACACGGGCCUGUCGCUCGACACUCCAGAGGGCGCGGCGUGGGCGGCUCUCGGGGCGCGAUACGACGAGAACGCACAGCGUGAAGACAUGGCAUUGCUUCAACGACGAUUAGCUCUGUUCCGGGAGCAGGGCGCCGGCGGGAACUUCACGCUGCACGUGCACACGGACGAGGUGCUGCAGCUGGCGGCCGGCGGCGUGUGGAGCGCGCACUGGCCGCGCCUGGCCGAGCGCGGCGCCGGCGGGGCCGUCCGGGCCGGCGUGGGGCGCGCCGCCACGCUGCUGCUCAACGUGCGCUCGCCCGCCACCGUGCCGCUGCUGCUGCACGCCCUGCUGCCGCCGCACUCCGCGCCGCCGCAACCUCCGCUGCCCCCCCUGGUCGGCGCGGAGGGUGACUACUGUACGAGUGACGAGUGCACGUGGUCGUCCAAGGCGUGGCGCCUGUCCGGGUGGCGGGUGACGCGCGGCGCCGUGCGGCUGUGGAACGAGUCGGACUCCGAGCUGCAGUCCGCGCCGCACGCCCUGCCGCCGCUGCUGCUCGCGCCGCGGACCGAGCUCGAGCUGAGCCUGUCGUUCUCGCCGGAGGACGCCGGCGCCUUCACCGCCUACCUCUACCUCAGGAACAACCUGACGGUGCUGGAGGCCGUCCGUCUGUUCGGCGAGGGGGAGUACCCUAGUUUCGAGCUGGCGGGGCGGCGGCCGGGCGCGGCGGCUCCCUUCUCAUUCGAGGUGAAGGAGUGUUCGUGGGGCGGCGGCGGGGCGGUGGUGCGGCGCGUGGUCGCUCGGAACGCGGGCCGCGUCCCGGCCGCGCUCGGCGGCUGGCGGGUCGCGCGGGCCGGCUGUGUGUCGCGAGGCUUCCGCGUGUCUCCCUGCGCACCCCUGUCCCUGGCGCCCAAUGCCUCUGCUCCGGUCCAUCUCGCCUUCUCUCCGGACUACUCCCUGGCGCGAGUGUCCGCCUCGCUCCAGCUGGACACCGACCUCGGUCCCGUGGAGUUCACGUUACUGGCGACCGUCCCCGCGAAGGUGCUCGCUAAGUGUGCCGCCAAGACCCCUCGUCCGCCCUGGGACGGUAUGAUGAGAGGUGUCUGUGUGUUGGUCUCCAUCGCGGCCUUCGCUCUCGUGCUGGGCGCCGGAGCGCUGGACGCCGAGCGCUUGUUGAGGAGAGCGCGCGCCGCCCGAGCCCCCGCCCCGCCGCCGCGCUCCGCCCCCCUGGACCUGCGCCGCCUGGCCGCCGAGCCGCCCCCCGCCCCCGCCGUCCCCCGCGCACCUCCCCGCCGCCGCCGCUCCACCCGCCGACCGCUGCCUUCGCUGGACCCUCGCGCUGAGCGCCGCGCCUUUGAGCGCUGGCGGGCCGGCGUCCUGCGCGGAGACGACGACUCGUCACGUUCCAGCGAGGACGUGGACCUCGACGAAGUCCCCCCCGUGACCUCCACGGAGCGCCCCCCCGACGACCGGCCGCCUGGACCCGGACCCGACCUGGAGCGGGCGGAGGACGAGCCGACCAAGGAGGAGGAGUCGCCCGCCGCCGACGAAGAACCCAACUCAACGGCUUCCGACACCUCCACGCCGGGCGAGGACCGGGACGACGAGCCCUACGGAGGAGACGUGGAGCCCGACCCGCGGGACGACUCACCCACGGACGGGCCGGAGGAGGCGCCCGUCGCGACGCCCGUCGUACGACCGAUACCGCGCUCACCACCAGCAGAGACCGCCACCAGGGACGCGCGGCCGCGGCGGGAGGCUUCGGAUACUUCACGGCGGACCGAGCGCUCGAGACCCGCGGACGGCGAGCGGCGGCCGGUGCCUGCGAGACACACACGUAAGGAGCGCGCCUCCAAGCGGCGCGGGGAGCGGAGACAGCCGAGCCCGCCGCCGCAGUCCCCGGCGGGCGGGCUCGGCGCACCCGGAGCUCCAGCGGAGGCGGGCGAGGCUCGCGGCCUGCGGUGGGGCGCGUCGUGGAGCUCGGUGGUGGCGUCCCGCGCUCCGCCCCUGGCGCCCAUCGGGUCGGACGUGCGGCGCCGGGAGCCCGAGCGGCCGGCCGACAACUCCCUGUUCUACUUCAACGGCACGUCGGAGACUCCGCCCCGGCCGGAGCCCGAGUUCUCGUGGCGCCCGCCGGUGUCCGCCGACCGGCCCGCGUUCGUUCCCGCCGCUAGAGACUUCAUCGAUGAAGCUCCAUCGUUCUCUGCGGGCGCGGUGAGCGGGUCGGUGUGGGGCGGCUCGUGGACCGCGUGGUCCCCGGCCGGCCUGCGCCCCCCUCCUGGCUUCUCCCCCCCGGAGCCGCCCCCUCCUCGCUCGUACGACCCGUUCCGUUCCCUGGCGUCCAUCUGGGCGCCGGCUCCUCACGACUGGCGCCCCGCCGACCCUCGUCGCGAGGAGCCCGACCGGCCCUAG